GCACAAAGCUGGUACCUGGUCCAAUCUCUACAGAUCUGGCGCCACUUUCGCUGUGUUAGCUUUCCUAGGCUCUCCCCCGCUAUCACGGCACCGCGAUCUACUCUGCUUGACACUUUGCAGAAAUGCGAAAGCGUGAUCCGCGUUACAUACAAUCCUUGGCUCUCACCUACCAGGUCGGUUUCGCUCGACACAUCACAUGAAGCCCACGGCAUUAUAACCUUCCCGGCUACACCAGUGCCGCUCGGAUUUUAGUGAUUGCCAUAUCUUUUCAGGGACAGUCUUCAAGCAGUCCAACAUGUCGAACCAAGAGACCGGUUCGAUGGCAUCUCAGUCCAGCUCCGCACUAUCCAUAUCAAAUCAUCCACCUGAAAGACUGCCCGGGCCAUAUCUUCUCCACGAGCUCGUUGCGCAACACUCAAAACUUGGUCUUCCUUCUGUUUCCUCUCUUUGUCAUCUCGGCCAUUUGUCUGAAGUAUCCUACUCAGAACUGCACCAAGCUGCAGACCGACUAGCUACUAAGGUAGUUGCCUCGCGCGGCUUGUCUCCUCAGAGCGAGUUUAUCGUCCCCGUCCUGAUUCCACAGAGCACACAACUGUACAUCGCCCUGUUAGCCAUCUUGAAAGCUGGCGGCGCCUUUUGUCCCCUGAAUCUCGACGCACCACCCGAGAGAAUCAAGUUCAUAUUGCAGGAUGUUGGUGCUAGGGUUGUGCUGACGACACCGGACCUGGCCCCCAAAUUCGCUGGGGAUGGGCUCGGUGUCUCUCUGAUCACUUUGACGGACACCAACAAUGUUUUUGACUUGGUCACGGAUUUCUCAGUCGCUGAGGAAGAAACACCUACAAUCAAGCCCCUAGAGCCCCAGAGUUUGGCAUAUGUCAUGUACACAUCAGGCUCUACAGGAACUCCCAAGGGAGUAGGCGUUACUCACGAUGCCGCAACGCAAAGUCUACUCGCUCACGACCGCCAUAUUCCAGAGUUUGAGAGGUUCUUGCAAUUUGCCUCGCCAACUUUCGACGUGUCUGUCUUCGAAAUAUUCUUUCCCUUGUUUCGAGGCUAUUCAUCGCCCCGCGUAAUAGGAGUUCCGUUCGAUACGGUUUCAUGUUUCGUCAUUGAGAUACCGCCUGACGACUCUAGCUUUUCUUUCACCGUAUCACCAAUCGGCCAAAUUGGCGAGUUGGUGGUGGGUGGCCAUCAGCUUGCAAGGAACUAUCUGAACCGGCCCGAACAAACUGAUGCGGCCUUCAUAGACUCUCCCUACGGCCGUCUAUAUCGCACAGGAGACAAAGCUCGCAUGCAAUCAGAUGGCACACUCGAGUGUUUUGGCCGGAUUUCUGACGAUCAAGUCAAGCUCCGUGGCCAGCGAAUCGAGCUUGGUGAGGUUGAGCAGGCAGCCAUACGAGACUCACAAUGCCGUGACGCUAUUGCCAUGGUUGUCGACAACAUCCUGGUUAUCUGUUGUGUUCUCGAAGUCAAAGACUCAUCUAAGGAAUUGGCCUUUGAAUCGAUUCUGCAAACUUGCAGGCAAUGGCUCCCGACGUUUAUGAUCCCUGGAGAUGUGAUCAUCAUCAACGAGUUUCCGCGGCUGGCUUCGGGCAAGAUUGAUCGCCAUCAGAUGAGGCGUCAGUACCAAGCCAACAAGAACACCAACACAACUGUGACGCAGAACGACCUGGGCAAUUCAACUAGCGUCGGGCUGCGGAAGGAAGGUCUCCAAACAUCUCCACUUGAUGUGGUCAGCUCUAGGACAAUCUCCACUUUGUGUACUAAAGUCCGAGCUGUGGACAAUACGACUCCAAGACAGCAUCAUAUCAAGCAGCCGCCGGCUGUGGACCAGAUUUUGGCAUCGAACGUCACCCUUCAAAGUAUGGAGUCCCAGAUCGAAGGAUUUGACUGGGGUACCCGGCUCCAAAGUUCUAUGCGGUUUGAGACAUCCGCCAACAUCAGUGCGUACAAAAAUCUGCUCGAAUUGGAAUUUCCGGCUUCAUGCUCUCUCGGGAAAAUAAGAAAUUGCAUGAAACAAAUGGUGCGGCAAAACGACAUUCUCCGAUCGGGUUUUGUUGAGACUGGGGGUAGCUUUGUGCGUGUGAUAUUCAAAUCACUCCCAAAGUCCCAUAUCCAGACCGUAGAUCAGUUUACGUUGUCCGCGCAACGGACUGCGGAUGACUAUGAGAGAAUCUGGCUUCGCCCUUUCCAGGCGCAGGUUGCAACCUCCACGGCCGGAGCUCCCCCACGCCUUCUCCUGCGUAUGCAUCACGCCAUUUACGACGGCUGGACCGUCGACCUCAUGAUUCAAGACUUGUCAUCCAUUCUUGCCGGUCAAGAAGCAGGACUUCGACCUCAAUUCGGACAAGUAACAGCAUUCAUCAACUCGACUCCGCUGAUAGACCUGGAUAUUUCUAGAGCAUUUUGGGCAGAGCAGCUGUUUGACUGGCAAAAGCCAAGUUUCCCACGCCUCAUGAGCCGACCACCUGAUUCCUCAGAGCCUCAAUCAAUGUCGCGUACGCUGACGUUGUCGGAAGGGGACCUGAGAGAAGCGGCCAAGAAGCUCGGCUUUCAUUGCCAGGUAUUUUUCCAAGCUGCUAUAUCGUUGAUCUGGGGCGCAAUACUGGGAACCUCGGACGUCGUCAUUGGUUGCGUCUCAUCAGGCAGGACUCUCCCCGUCGAAGGCAUUGAGGAUGUCAUGGGGCCCUGCAUAUCUACAUUGCCUUUACGAACUGACCUCAAGGCUCUAAGAACUGUUGAGGAUCUGCUAAGGAACACGCAAAGGACGAAUCGAAGAUCUCUGCGGCACGGCAUUUUGCCCUUGUCCGAAAUUUGCAGGGCUGCCAGUAUACAACCUGGUGAUGGCUUGUAUGAUGUACUCUUUGUCUAUCAACAAUCGCUCACUAGUCACCUACGACACGCAUCUCCGAUUCGAGAAAUAUCUCACCGCGACUUCCUAGAGACAAAAGUCUUGAUCGAGAUCGAACCUGUCCUGGGCAGUUUCAAGUGCCAUAUCACAUAUCAUGCUGACGCCAUGUCCCAUGAUUUCGCAACUCUCUUCCUCGACCAGAUCGACUGCAUGACUCGGACUCUCCACGUCAAUCCAACCGCGCUGUUACAUGAUGUCUCGCAGUGCAUGCCGCCUGCCCUGGCAUCUAUCUACAACUUAGAACCAGUGACAUUGGCAGAUAGCCCUGACCUAGCGACAUGCUUCGAACGUUCAGCAUCGGCGGCGCCUGAUGCACAAGCGAUUUGCUUUGCCAAAUCCAUCACCCCAUCAAGCCUUGAUUGCGUAACCAUGUCUUACCAGGAGCUCAAUGACCUGUCGAAUCGUAUUGCAUGGUACUUGCGUAGUCAGGGAGUACUCGAAGGCGACACAGUCGCCAUCGUGAUGGAGAAGUCGGUCUUGCUUUAUGCCACGAUCCUGGGGACUUUGAAGGCUGGGGCUGCCUACUUGCCUCUUCUGCCUUCCACACCGGCCAGCAGACUGCAAUUAAUUCUUUCUCAGGCCUCGACUACUGUCUGUUUGGUCGAUCAGCAGGCUAUUGAUUUAGUGGUAGCCUUCGUGGGCUGCCCGCUCUAUGACAUGCAGUCGACGCCACUGUCAAAAUUUCCCACACAUAACCCGCCUCGACAAGUUCAGUCCUCUCGUCCGGCAUAUGUCAUUUACACCUCUGGGACGACCGGUGUUCCUAAAGGUAUUGUGGUGACCCAGCUUAAUAUCACAAGCAAUCUUGAUGUUCUAUCCCGUAUAUACCCCCACGACAUGACAAGUCGCUUUCUGCAACUCUGUUCCCAAGCGUUCGAUGUCUCGGUGUCUGAGAUAUUUUUUGCGUGGAAAACAGGUGCCUGCUUGUGCGCGGGUUCGAACGACACUCUCUUCGCAGAUCUGGAGCAAUCCAUACGCUCACUUGGCUGCACACAUCUCAGCUUGACACCCACUGUGGCGUCGCUCAUUAGCCCAUCCCACGUUCCGAAGGUUCGGUUUCUGGUCACCGCCGGCGAACCAAUGACUUCAGCUGUUUCGGAGUCAUGGGGCGAGUACCUCUACCAAGAUUCGAUGUCAAGCGUUCCCCGUGGGUGCUUCGGCGAGUUCUGUUUUGGCGGCGAUCAAGUUGCACAGGGUUACAUUGAUCUCCCUGAGACCACUAGCUCGAAGUUCGUCAACCACCCCGAGUUCGGCCGCAUCUAUCGCUCUGGAGACAUGGGUCGGAUGCUACCUGACGGUAUUGUGACAGCAGCCACGGAAGUUCUCUCGUGUACGUCACUGAUCCUGCAGCCUACUGGAUCGAGCAGCGAACAGCUCGUUUCUUUCUACACACCAGCAGCCCACACGAAUGUAGGGAACGUGUUACUUGAUUUCCGAGGUGAGCUCGCAGCCCUUAACCAGCAGCUCUUCAUGCAACUAUCGUCGCGACUCUCACGAUACAUGGUGCCGUCGUACCUGAUCCCUCUGGGCACUAUACCUCAGACUCCCAGCGGCAAGGUUGAUAAGGUGGUGUUGCGCAGCCUCUUCAACGGACUCACCCGAAAUCAACUCAGUCUCGUCUCCAGCAACCAAGGGCCUGAGACCGAUGAAGAUGAGUGGUCUGACAGCGAAAGACUAGUAGCUGAGGUGAUUGCAGAAAGUCUGAACGCACCACGUGACAUGGUCUCCCGCUGGCAACCGUUAGCAACGAUCGGUCUCGACUCCAUCUCGGCCAUUUCUGUGGCAAGGUUACUUGGUGACGCGGUCAACCGACGCAUCCCAAUCUCACACAUCCUACAGAACCCCUAUGUUGCCCUCUUAGCUCGGCUUGCGACAGAGAACGCGCCAGAUGGACGUCUCGUUAAGGACGUGGUGACUGACUCGCCAUUUUUUCCCCAAGACAUAAGGGAGCUCAUUACCACGCAAUUCGCUGAACACGAGCACGCUAUCCAGGAGGUUCUACCUUGUACACCCUUGCAGGAAGCAAUGCUAUCAGCUGCUGGUGCUUCCUCGUACUCCAAUCAGCUAGUCUUACGACUGGUUGCCUCCUCGCCAGAGAUGAAAAGCCACUGGCAAACCUUGAUUGAUCGCCAUGGUAUUCUGAGGACGUGCUUCGUCACGACUACGGAUGCCCAGUACGCUAUUGCCCAGGUAGUCCUGCAAAGAUGGGAGGUCCCGCUGAGGACUUUGAGGCACUCGAGCCUUGAAGACGCUGUAGAAAACUGUAGAAGACGAGUUCCUUUCGCUCUCGACUCACAACAACCGCCCUAUGGCUUAGAUCUCCUCGAUAUCGACAACACCUUUUUCUUGGUCUUCACCUGCCACCAUGCACUUUAUGACGGAGAGUCCAUGAACGUUCUUCUUCAGGAGAUAGAGCAGCUUGUUCGAGGAGAGGGCUUGCCACCGCCCAUACCAUACAUGCCCGUGAUACGACAGAUGCUGUCACAACAACGAAGCAGCGAAGGCUUUUGGAAAGAAAUGUUUAACGGAUUCGUCGGAGCUCUUGGACAGGCUACCUGGGCCAUCUUGCUUGGUAUCGUGUCUGAUCAGGAUGACGUGUGCUUUGGAAACGUCAUGAGUGGCCGCACUCUGCCUGUGAGCGGUAUUGAACGACUGGUUGCGCCAUGCUUUAACACGGUGCCCAUUCGCAUCGGAACCAUCCGACGCAUGCAGGUGACGGAGUUGCUAACAAAACUGCAUGUGCUCAACUCAAAACUCCUCGAUCACCAGUUCACCUCUUUACGGUCUAUUCAAAAACUUGUGUCUCGGCCUGGUCGGAGCCUCUUCGACACUAUGCUUCUGUUGCAACCCCCCAAGAAAGAGCUCGACAGCGCGAUCUGGGAGGUUGCUGAGGAUACCGGAGGCAUGGAUGUUCCGCUGCUUUCAUCAUCAAUGUCACAAGCUUUCUCGUACAUCCUCUGCCACAUUGCACGACAUCAUGCUACUGUUGUUCCCACCAAAGACGACCUGCCAGAAGAUAUUCGCAGCAGCAUAGCAAACGCGUCCCACGAGUCGCCCCAAAACAACCUCGACCAACAAGAAAGUGGCGUCUCUGGUACAAUCCACUCUGCAACUGUGCAUGAAGAGCCUUGGAGCGAGCUGGAGAAAAUCGUCCGCGACAUCCUUUCAAAGCUCUCAGGCGUGCCACUGAGCCAAAUCGGCCUCCAGACAACCAUAUUCCAGCUUGGUCUGGACAGUAUCAACGCUGUUCAGAUCGCCGCCCUCCUGAGAAAUCAGAAUCACACUGUCUCGACUUUUGACGUUGUCGACUGUCCUUCUUGCGCAAGCCUUGCUCAGCGAAUCGCUCAUCGAGUCGGGGAUCAAAGCCAAGUACCCUUGAUGUAUGACGUGAAUGCAUUCCAACAAACAAUCGCGUCGACCGUUGCGGUCCAGCUUCACACGGAACCGGAGGCAGUUUUCCCAUGCACUCCGGUGCAAUGUGGCAUGCUGAAGGACUUUAUCGAAUCUGACGGGGUCGAUUAUCUCAAUUACCUGGCGUUAGAACUCGACCAACAUCUCAGCCCUGAAGAGGUGGAGAACGCCUGGAGAAAGCUUGUUCAAGCUCACACGAUUUUGCGCACUGGGUUCGUGCCCGCAAACCAUGCCGAUGCUCCCUUUGCUAUGGUGCAGCAUUCCUUUGCAGCACAUCUUGUGGCCAAGAGCGUGAAAUUUUCGGACACGACUUUCGAUGCGCAGGUUUGGAAGGCCCAAAGCUCUCAACAAGUGCUCAAUGCCUUGGAACAACCGCCGUGGCGGGUAGCUCUGGCAACGCAAGGCGGCACAACGAUAUUGCAUCUACUAAUACACCAUGCGCUGUAUGAUGCCUAUUCUCUUCGCAGGCUGUUGGGAGAUUUUGGUUCCAUCUUGAAUGGCUCUUCACCUCCAACCCCGACUGGCUCUACCCGAGACGUGGUUUCUGCAAUCCUUGGAUCUGCCCUGGCAAACGAGUCGUCGAAAGCUUUCUGGCAAGCAAAGUCAUCUCAAACCAUCAUCAAUAGGUUCCCAACAAUGACUCCUCUGAUUGAACCAUCCUCGGCCACAUACACGGAGACGUGCCGUUCGCGACUAGAUUUUGCCACACUUCAAAGCCGAGCCAGCAGGGCCGACGUAACAAUACAGGCCCUGCUCCAGGCUGCGUGGACUCGACUGCUCUCUGCCUAUGUUGGCGAGCAAACGCUUGUAUUUGGAGUUGUGCUUUCGGGCCGCACUUUACCAAUGACAGAUGAUGCAGUGUUCCCAUGCAUCACAACAGUACCCGUCAUCUCUCACAACCGAGCGUCCAACACAGAGCUUCUGUCUCAAAUGAUGCAAUAUAGCAUCGAAUUAUCGGCCCACCAGCAUGCACCUCUUUCUCAAAUACAGCAAUGGCUCGGUCACCCAGGCACCCCCCUAUUUGACACUCUGGUCGUGUAUCAGAAGACUGCAAACGGCCCGUCACCGGCCCAGAAGCUGCCGUGGCGUCAGCUCAGUGACGAGGGUAAGCUUGACUACGCUGUCUCCUUGGAGAUCGAGCCGUCAAACGACGGGUAUAUCAGUCUCCAUCUAUCGUCUCAUACAGGUGUACUUCCGCGGGAACAGGCGUCAAUUUCCCUACGUCAAUUCGAUGCCAUUCUAGCUGAUCUUGCUACCAACCCACAAGGCCAAGAAGCUGAAAUCUGGCAUGAUGAUGCUGAAUUGACAUCUAUUCUGCCGCCGCGCGACAUUGAGAUAUACUCUGAGGUCGCAUUUCUUCACCAUUUUGUCGAAGAGACGGCUAAAAAAUACCCUGACAGGACUGCUCUCGAAUUCGUUACUGCCUUUACUGGGGAAAGCCCGGAGAGUCACAGCGUCACCUUUAAAGAGCUGGAUGAGAUGGGCAAUCGCGUCGCCAACACAUUGGCUCAACAUGUUGCCAGGCGCGGUAUCGUUGCGGUGCACUUUGACAAGUGCCCAGAAGCCUUUUUCGCCAUCUUGGGCAUCUUGAAAGCAGGCUGUUCGUUCCUAGCGCUUGACCCCUCGGCUCCGAAGGCGAGGAAAGAAUUCGUCCUCAGAGACUCAGGAGCCGUAGCACUCUUGGCCCGCGAUGCUCUGGACUUUCAGCCGGCGCAAAUUGUCGUCGACAUCAAAGAGAGCAAGCUCUACGCUGCCAGCGCAGAACCCUGCCAAUUGGGCCACGAUUUGUCAAAGGAUGACACUUGCUACUGCCUCUACACUUCGGGAACAACGGGUACACCGAAAGGUUGUGAGAUAACGCAUGAGAAUGCAGUCCAAGCAAUGAGGGCGUUCCAGCGUCUAUUUUCUGGUCAUUGGGACGAAGAAUCGAGGUGGCUGCAAUUCGCUUCGUUCCAUUUCGAUGUGUCUGUUUUGGAGCAAUAUUGGAGUUGGUCAGUCGCCAUGCCCUUGGUCGUUGUUCCUCGAGAUAUCAUUCUCGACGACAUUGCGGCGACGAUACGACGCCUUCGCAUCACACAUUUGGAUCUCACGCCUAGCCUUGCUCGACUUCUCGACCCGAAGGAUGUCCCAACACUCUGCAGGGGCGUCUUCAUCACGGGUGGCGAGGCGCUGAAACAGGAGAUUCUCGACACCUGGGGCCCUCGGGGAGUCAUCUACAACGCAUAUGGCCCCACAGAGGCCACGAUUGGCGUAACCAUGUAUCAGCGCGUGCCACAGAAUGGUCGCGCAUCCAACAUUGGGCGCCAGUUCGACAAUGUUGGCACCUACGUCUUUGAGCCUGGAACUGAAAAGCCGGUCUUGAGAGGUGCCGUUGGUGAACUUUGCAUUUCCGGAAAGUUGGUCGGCAAGGGCUACCUUAACCGCCCGGAGCUCACUGCCGAACGCUUCCCAGUCCUUGAGCAUUUUCAGGAGAAGAUCUACCGCACAGGAGAUCUAGUUCGGGUCAUGUAUGACGGGUGCUUCGAGUUCCUUGGUCGUGCUGAUGACCAGGUCAAGCUACGCGGACAGCGUCUGGAGAUUGGAGAGAUCAACCACGCCAUCCGCACAGGUGUUGCCGCAGUCAAAGACGUCGUCACUCUUGCAGUUCUGAAGGCAUGCCGUCACAGACUCCCUGGCUACAUGGUGCCGUCCUACGUCCUCGAGGUUCCUUUCAUUCCUCUUUCCAUCAAUAACAAGGCGGAAUUGAAGAUCCUGCGGCACCUAUUCUCCUCGUUGACACCGGAACUACUGCUGCACGUCUCUGCCCCUGCUCCCUCACAGGAAGCCCUAGCUACUACAAAGACUCAGAAGAUGGUGCUGAGAGCUGUGUCAGAGUUCUCUGGCGUUUCUGCUAGCGAGCUUUCUUUGAACAGUAACCUGUUCGACCUCGGUAUCGAUUCGAUCUCGUGUCUUCGACUCUCACGACUUUUAAAACACGACGGUCUGCGCACUGCAGGCCCGGCGUUGAUACUCAAGAACCCGUUCCUCGGCGACCUCGCCGAAGCCCUCAAUGAACCUUAUGACCACGAGUUUCUGAGCGCCGUUAGGGAAGCUCGACAGCAGAUUCAUGCGUUUAGCCACCGCUUCAGACACGAGGUUCGGCAGAAACUCUUACUUCCAGCAGGGGUUUCUGUUGACUACAUUGCCCCGUGCACUCCUCUGCAGGAAGGCAUGCUGUCUCGGACAUUUACACAAAGAGAAGAGUCGUACUUUGUUUCAUUCCAACUCAAACUGAGUGAUAACCUCAUGGCAAGCAGGUUGCAAGAGUCUUGGGAUAAGCUCGUUGCCCUACAUCCGAUUCUGCGGACUCGAUUUGUUCCAACCUCGGGAGGGUUCGCUCAAGUGGCUCUUUCCCCCACGCAGAUUCCGUGGAAAAGUCACACAGUCGACCAAAAUGGAGUUAAGCUGCUCCUCCAGGAUGCGCGCUCGUCCUGGAUCAAGAAUAACCAAGACAGCAUCUUGGAGCCGAUGGAAUGCCUCCUAGUCAAUUCCGAAGGAAAUAGACUGCUGGUAGUGCACAUUUUCCAUGCUCUUUACGACGGAAUCAGUUUCGAGUCCAUGUUGCAGUGGCUAGCUGAUGAUAUAUCGCUGAAGUCUCAUGCUCAGCGACCGGCUUUCUUGGACACCCUGUCAUAUGGGCCUCUGCAAAACUUCGACCACAGCCGGUCCUUCUGGUCAGAGCAUCUCAGCUCAUGCACUUUUGAGCCUCUGCCACGGACAGUUGCCGAUGAAGCACCAGGUCUUCGCUCCGCCCGUCGGCUUUACAACGUUGAGAGACUCAGGGAGACAAGCCAAGCACUGAACAUCACCUUACAGUCCGCUGUCUUGUCCUUAUGGUCUGGCACCUUUGGCAAAUACUUCUCUCCAAAAGCUGCGAUGGGAGUCAUCGUUUCAGGGCGCGCUCUUGACACAGAAAAUGUUGAGGAUGUGAUAGGGCCCCUUUUCAACACCUUGCCUUUCUACCCAGACGUCGCCACGAACAAUACGCUACAGAAGCUGGCGCAGAGGUGCCAUGACUUCAACGUUUCAACCUUGCCCUUUCAGCACACGGCGUUGCGAAACAUCCAGAAAUGGUGCAGCGGAGGUCAUCCUAUUUUCGACAAUCUUUUCGUCUACCAAAACGACGUGCCUUCGGCCAAUAACGCGGAGCCAUUCUGGACGGUAGAAGACAGCUUCAUGGCCAACGACUACCCGCUCGCCUUUGAGGCGACUGCCAAGGGAGAUGCUGACCUUCAGGUCCAAAUUGUUGUCCGCCAAGACGUGGCAACUGAGGCUGACAUCCAACGAAUCUUGGAAGACUUUGAAGAGGCGAUGUUUGCUUUGUCUACCGGAAGAGCGGGCACGUUGCGCAACCAAGCAUUUGCACUGACCUCUCAAGAAAGCUCAGCGGGCGCUUCACCAUUGACUACUCGAAGCGCUAGCACCGAUUCCGCGGGACAUUCAACAGACGUCAGCGCUCCGGAGUUCACCGUAUCAAACUUUGGGUGGACAGAGGCAACACUCGCGAUUAGGCUCGAGAUAUCGAAGUUGGCCCAAAUCCCGGUCGAAAGCGUCUCCGAGUGCAACUCAUUGCUUGAAUUGGGCUUGGACAGCAUUGACAUAGUCAGCCUGUCAACUAGGCUCAAGCAAAAAGGUAUCGACAUUUCCAUGUCUCAACUGUUACGAGCCCAAACCAUCGAGAGCAUGGAGAAGGUUAUAGGACGUCAGUUGCUGAGCGACAGAGGAGAAAAGUCAGACUCAACAUUCAAUGCACUGUUGCUGCAGCUUCGCGAAGCAGUCGUAGCAACUGGGUACGACAUGGAAACGGUCGACCACGUUCUGCCGCCAACGCCCCUUCAAGAAUCCAUGGUAGCCGACAUGAUAGACUCAGAAUUUGAGCGAUACUUCAACCACGACGUGAUGGAAAUUUCCAAGGGUACUAUCGUGGAGUCACUAGUAGACGCUUGGCUCGAGGUUAUCUCACAGUCACCAAUACUGCGAACGGUCUUCUUACAAGUCGACGACCCACGGCUCGAACAGACAUUUUGCCAGAUUGUUCUGGCUCACCACUUGCCCUCUAUCCAACACAUCCAGGUCCAAGGCGAACAAGAAAUCGAGGGAAUCUGUGCAGCACAUCGCCAAAAUGCAAGGAAAGCAAGGGGUGCUUCACAAUUGCUCCAGUUGACGAUCGCGCACGUCGGUGAUCGGAGUUAUGUCGUUUUCAGCAUUGCCCACGCUCUUUACGAUGGAUGGUCAUUGGCUCUUCUUCAUCACGACGUCGAUUCGGCUUACCACAAUAUGCUGGAGCAACGCGCGUCUCCACGAAAUAUGUUGCAGAGCUUGCUGCAGUCACCGACUGACAAAAGCCAACGAUUCUGGUCCCAAUAUCUAGCUGGUGCUCCCCCUUCACUUUUUCCAGAGAGUACGACGACCCCCACCGGCUCUGUACAUCAUGAUGAGUCCAUGUCAAGCUUGAGUUCUGGAGAAGUCUUGGCAUUCUGCAAAAGAAACUCGAUCACCUUGCAAGUCCUUGGUCAAGCCUGUUGGUCAACUGUUCUUGCCACACGAGUCAAUGCUCUGGAUGUUUCAUUCGGUGUUGUCCUGUCUGGGCGCGACACAGAGGAGGCCCAGAAGCUCAUGUUCCCUACGAUGAAUACCGUAGCGCUUCGGUGCGUUCUUCACGGCUCGGCCAGGUCAUUCUUGCGUUACCUUCAGGACACCAUGUCGGACAUUUAUGAAUACCAAACGUUCCCGCUCCGGAAAGCACAGCUUGCUGGCAAGCAAACACCUGGAGGCCUUUUCAAUACACUUUUCCUCCUCCAGCGGCAGCCAGACCUCGGCGAAUACCGCACGAAAAAGGACGGGCUUACCAAGUCGGUCCAAACCUUAGCCGCGACUAACUUUGCGGUAUGUGUAGAGUUGGAAGCAACAGAGGACCAUCUUAUUUGGCGCGUUGCUGGCAAAGGUGCGUCCACGUCCGAGUACGAUGUCAAGGAGCUUCUGGAGCAUCUCGACAAGGCAAUGAACCACUUUGUGCAGAGACCAGAGAGCAGCCUCCUACAGUUCGAAGGCGACUGCACUUCAAUUUGCAACCUUGGAGCUUUCGUAUCCAAUUCGCAAACCACAAUGCUAGAUAGCGGCAAGGGCAAUGGAAACGCGAUGACCCCCGAGGACCCCGAAUCUCAAGUCGAGUCGACCAUUCGUCAGAUUCUAUCAGAGGUUUCCGGAAUACCGUACGAGUCCAUAUCGAGGAACAUCACCGCUUACCACCUGGGCCUCGACUCUAUCAGUCUUAUCAAGGUAUCCUCAAUACUAAAGAAGAAGGACAUCAUGCUCGGCGUGCAUGCCCUCCUGACGGCGUCGUCUCUCAGUCACAUGGCAAAGGUAGCAGGAAAUGCUCCAAAGGCACUUUCCGCAGAGGUGCAAGGGGCCUGCUUGAUUCCCGACAAGAUUAAAUUCGAGCAGGUACAGAGCCUGGCAGGUUUUGCAGAAUUCCAGGUCGAAGACAUUCUGCCGGCGGUGCCAAUGCAAGUCUACAUGAUGACUGCAUGGCAAAACUCCCAAGGCCGUGUUUUUUAUCCGGCGUUCCGCUAUCGAUUGGACGAGUCGGUGUCCCUGAAUGCUGUACAAAAGGCGUGGGCAGACCUCACAGCGACGGAGACGCUUCUCCGUACUUGUCUCGUUGCAACAGGCGAUUGGGACAUGCCGUUCCUGCAAAUCGUGCUAGCUCCAAGCGUUACAGGACCUCACUCGCAGAUCUCGCUUCUCGGCAGUGGCUCGGAAAAAGAAGUGACGGGCGAGUGCUGGCCAAAAGUCAGAAUGACCGCGGAACAGCGUGCGGACGGCGCGUGGGAGCUGACUCUCAAUAUACACCAUGCGCUCUACGAUGGCAUCACCCUCCCCAGCAUCCUGAACAAACUGAGACAAAAUAUCGUCAAUUACAGCAAGAAAGAUGAACAUGAGAACCCUUCGUGUCGGUCAUGGAGGUCAUUUAUUGCCCGCCACCAGUCUCCGGGCAUCAUCGAUGAACGUAAGGCUUUUUGGACGAAAUACCUAGCAGAUGACGACAAUCCUGCACCUCCACCUCCGCAGAUGCAUGAUUCCGUAGGAGACAGAACUGCCUACCUCCGGCGAUCCGCCGUCUCGGGCAUGGGCACAAAGAGCACUGCAUGCGCCAGCAAUGGAGUUGGGCUACCAGCACUCAUGUUCGCUGCAAUUGCACGAAGCCUGCACGCAAGAAGAGUUCCGAGUAGCGAGCCUGUCAUAUUUGGCAUCUACUACAGCAACCGAGCAGAAGAGGACAAUCCGUCAACGGAGCUUUACCCAACGCUGAAUCUGCUGCCGUUGAAGGUCAUGGUCCAAGAGAAGACGGGGCUCAUGGAGUUGGCGCAGAACGUUCAACAAGACCUACACCGUAUCACAUCCUUGACUAACUCGACCGUGGGGCUGUGGGAGAUCAAGGAAUGGACAGGCGUUGCAGUCGACGUUUUCGUUAAUUUUCUCAACCUGCCCAAAGGGCAAGAAACCCCCAACGUUUUCCAUGAGGUCGUGGAUGAUCGUCUCUUCAAUGGAGUUGACAGGCCUACCUCACGGGCCAGUCCGGACCCUUCAAACUUUGACGCCCCUUGGUUGAGCAAAAACCCGGUUCGGGGUGCGUUCCCGGCUGCGAUGGAUAUCGAGGCUGCUGUGAACGGGGAUGCAUUGGACAUAGGCGUAUUCGGCUCUGUCGCAAGAACGACGAUAGAAGAGGCCCAGGCUUUGGUUGAUGGCAUCGCGGAAUGUUUGAGCAUGUUCAAAGCGUAG